UCUGUGAUCGACCAAUCAACUUUCCAGAUGUUCCUAUGGGCUAAAUCUCGAGUAGGUUCUGAGAGCAUGUAAAGAUAAAAGUGAUGCAAUCAUUGGAUUAGUUUGGAAGUGAAACCUAUGAUGGUAUUUUUAAAUUAAUUGUUUAUUUGUUUGAAUUGUUUCAAGCUAUUACAUGAAUGCUCAGACGAAAGUGCAAUCACCAAUCAAUUUAUUUGCUCAUAUUAAAUUUGAGCAUCUAUUGGCUGGCAUAAGCGGUGGAGUAACUUCGACAUUAGUUCUUCACCCUCUUGAUUUAUUGAAAAUCAGAUUUGCAGUCAAUGAUGGACAGCUCUUGACAAGACCACAUUACCAUGGGUUGGGUAAUGCUGUUUCUACCAUUAUAAAAGAAGAAGGCAUUCAAGGAUUGUAUCGAGGAGUGACUCCAAAUUGCUGGGGUGCUGGAGCAUCAUGGGGCUUUUACUUCCUGUUCUACAAUGCCAUCAAAACAUGGAUGGUGGAACAUGGUAACCAAAAAACAUUGGGACCUGGAAGUCAUAUGCUUGCUGCAGCUGAAGCAGGAAUCAUAACUUUGUUUAUAACAAAUCCAAUAUGGGUUGUGAAAACACGAAUGUGCUUACAAUAUUCUACAGCCACAGAUUUGCCUCCUUCAAAGCAUUAUACUGGAAUGCUUGAUGCUCUAGUCAAAGUUUAUCGACAUGAAGGCAUUCCAGGAAUGUAUAAGGGACUUGUGCCUGGUAUGUUUGGAGUAUCUCAUGGUGCCUUGCAGUUUAUGGCCUAUGAAGAAAUGAAAAAAUGCUAUAUAAGUUACUAUCAAUUACCUGUGGAUGAUAAAUUGGGUACCUUGCAGUAUUUAUCAUUUGCCGCAAUGUCAAAAUUGUUUGCUGCUAGUGUGACAUAUCCUUAUCAGGUAAUACGAGCCCGUCUGCAAGAUCAAUAUAAAGAAUAUUCCGGUGUGUUGGAAGUUGUUAGAAGAACCUGGAGGUAUGAAGGCAUGCGGGGCUUUUACAAGGGUUUGCCUGCGUACUUCCUCCACGUAACACCAAAUAUUUGUAUUGUCUUCCUCAUAUAUGAGAAAUUAACCCACAUAUAUGAACCUGAACCGAUCUUCCCAGAAGAAGAUGUUCUAUGACAUUAAUUUUUUCAUAGGACUUUGUAAAUUUAUUUGUAGAAUAUGUACUAUAUUAUCUACAUUCUUCACCACUUUGGUGAAUAUCAUGUGAUACAAUUAUCUUUCAAGAUUUGAUGCAUAUAACAUUCUAAGAACUAUUGAUCAACCUAAACAGUGUCCAACAAUCACACCACCCUAAUGAUGCAAUUUUUUUAUGUAUAAUUAUUGAACUAUUUUAUAUCUUGUGAUAUUAUUUUCUAUAAAACCAAUUUCCAUAUCUUUAUAUCUAAUUUACUAUUUUUAAGUAAAUAAAAUUCAAUCAGCAGUAUUAAACAAAACUAUAAAAAAUGUGAAUUGUAAUGAACAAGAUUUUAAUUAUAAACUCUGAUUUCAAAAGAACAAUAUAGCAUUGGGAUAAUUUUGGUAAAAAUCGGUAUAAGGUAAAAAAAAAAAAAAAUUCCAGCACACUGAGCAUCUAAAAAAAUACUAUGAAAAACUUUUGAUAUUGAUAUUUUACAUUGAAAACAUAAUUUUUGUAUUUAUGAAAUAAAAUAUAUUUUAUCCCAAGCACAUGUUGUCAAAAAUUUAUUUAUGAUAUUUUAUAAAUAAUAAACUGACAAAAGAGUUUCUCCCUUUCAUAUUUUGUACUUAAUCAAAAUCUCCCUGUAUUGUGUAUGUAUUUUUAAAUUUUGCAAAGACAUACUGCAUUAAUGAUGUUUCUAAACAAAAUAUUUGCCUUCUUAUGUUCAAAUUUGUAAAAGCAUAUUUUUGAAACUAUUCUAUAACCAUAAUAACU